AAUAGCAGAAGCAACUUUUAAAUAUGUGUAUGUAUUCUUGCAUGUAUUCUCUCUCUUUUUGUUCCGUGUCUGUGUUCUCUACUUUUGUGAUAAAUGCUUAUCAGAUGUGCACCAGUUUCCUCUAUGGAGUUGAUUUCUUUUCUGUGUAGACUGGUUGUGAGCUCAUAAUAAGAAAAAAAGAAGCUUUAACACAGCCACCAGCCACAGCUUCUGUUAUCACAAUGCAACCUCCACUGCCCCACUCCAUGCUUCCAUACCAACCACCACCAGCUCAGGUCGUUGCUCGUACAAGCACUGCUCCUUCACUUCCACCACCUGCCCCUGCAAAGACAAGCGAGUCGUCUCAUCCACCACUGAAAUGCCCCAUGGCUGGAACCUUUUAUCGAUCCCCUGGACCAGGUGAACCUCCAUUUGUGAUGGUAGGAGAUAAAGUGCAGAAAGGACAGGUUGUUUGUAUUAUUGAGGCCAUGAAAUUAAUGAAUGAAAUUGAAGCUGAUCAAUCGGGAACCAUGACUGAGAUACUGGCAGAGGAUGGGAAGCCAGUUAGUAUAGACAGGCCUCUUCUUGUCAUUGCACCUUGAAGAACGGGGCAAAAAUAUCCGAAAACUUGGGUGGCAGUAAUUUUAAG